CUUAAGUAGUUAACUCCCCUCUCUCUCUCUCUCUCUCUAUUUACUUCAAAACAGAAGAAAUAAGGAAAACUUCCCCAGAAAAAAUGGGUUGUGUUUCUUCAAAACUCGUUAAGAAAGAGAUCAAACGAGAAAUUCUUCUCAACAAUGGCGGCGACAACGUCAACCAUGUGGUUUCUCUCAAGUCAAGCACUUACGGGGUCCUUAAACUUGACAAUGAUCUCGAACAACAACAAGAAGUUGGUGUUACAGAGGCAAAGAGAGUUCACAGAUCGCCUGCGCGUGAAGAGCCAGAGCCAGAGGUAAUCAAUGCCUGGGAGCUAAUGGAAGAUCUCGAAGAAGAUGGCUUUAUUAAAAGAAGCCCGAAAUCGCGUGUUUUGGUUAAAGGGGUGGGCGAAAAAGAUGUGAGAAGUCCGCUGAAGUUCUUGAAUCAGAUUGGUUCUCCGUUGAAAGUGAAGAAGUUUGGUGGGAAAGAGAACAAGGGAAGAGUUAAUGGGCUUGGUUAUGGGAAUGGGAAGUCUGAAUUUAGCCCGAAAUCAAUAUUGAGAGUGAACAAUUCUAAGGAUAGUUCGUGUAAGGCAGUUUUGAAGUUGAGUUAUCCGGUGAAAAGUACAAGAACUGCGGGCUUUGAAGGUGGUGAUUCGGGGUUUUCUUCACGGAGGAAUUUUAGUCCCUUGUUUGAUCCAGAGAUUGUUGCUUUGUACGAGAAAGAGUUGUCUGAAGAAGAGGAACAAAUCAAGAGAAUAAUUUCGCCCGAACCUGAAAUUAGAAAAUCAAAGAAAUCUAAGGACUCAAAGUCUAUUCUCCAAGUUUUCGAGAAAAAAUGUCCUGCUGGUGGAGAAAAUGCAGUUGUGAUUUACACUACAACGUUGAGAGGGAUCAGAAAGACUUUUGAGGCAUGUAACACAGUGAGAUCCAUUAUCGAAUCCUACCAAAUCCAAAUGUUUGAGCGUGAUAUAUCGAUGGAUUCGGGGUUUAAGGAAGAGUUAAGGAAGCUAACGGGAACAAAAGAGGUGAAAGUUCCGCUAGUAUUUGUUAAAGGAAGGUUGAUUGGGGGAAUUGAAGAGAUUGUGAAGUUAGAAGAGGAAGGGAAACUGGAAACCUUGUUUGAUGGAAUUCCCAGGGCGAUUCCCGGAUGUGAAGGAUGUGCAGGGGUGAGAUUUCUGAUGUGUACGGAAUGUAAUGGGAGCUGCAAAGUUUUAGACGGGGAACAGAAGAAGGUGAGGUGUGGUGAGUGCAACGAAAAUGGGUUGAUUCAAUGUCCCAUUUGUUGUUGAUAUAUAUAGUUGAAUUUACCCUCUUUGAUUCAUUUUGGAUUUGAGAUUUCCAUCAAGCUGUAACAAUGAUUUCUCGAAGAAUUUAUUGUCCAUUUUUUCCCUCAU